GCUGAAUAUGCAACUGACAGAUGGUGGCGCAACUGCCGUCAGCAAACAACACUGCGUUUUUUUUGUUAUCAAAAUGUACAUUCUCUUUUUGUUAUGAAAAUUCCGUAUGUUCAGAUAGAAAGUUUUGUCGUAGAACGAUGGUGAAAAACGUGUCGCUGUAAGUUAAUGUGAUAAUGUGGUGACGAGGCACCGGGUGCAACACAGUGCAGGAUCCCGCAGCCAGGGCGCUGCUGUGCUUGUGGCAAGGCAAGCAAGUGAAAAUCGGUUCCACCACAGGGAGGGAAAGAAAAAGCGAUUUUACCCUUUCGAUCGAUCGUGUGAAAAGUGGCAUAAAACGAUGGCCUACUCGAACAACGUGGGCGACAUUGUGAACCUGAAUGUUGGUGGUACGAGAUUUUCCACAUCCCGGCAAACCCUAACAUGGGUACCGGAUACCUUCUUUACCUCGCUGCUGAAUGGACGCAUAUCGAGCUUGCGAGAUGAAACGGACGCUAUUUUCAUCGACCGUGAUCCGAAGCUGUUCAGCCUGGUGCUGAACUACCUGCGGACGAAGGAAAUAGACAUCAAAUCUGUCGACAUCCGGGUGCUGCGCCAUGAGGCCGAGUUUUACAACAUUGCUCCACUCAUCAAACGGCUUAUGCUGUGCGAAGAGAUGGACCAGUCGAGCUGUGGCGAUGUGCUGUUCUACGGCUACCUUCCCGCACCAAAUAUUCCUAUACAAGAAAUUCCCCUUGGAUCGUCGGGCUCGUCGGGCAGCUCGAUCAGUGCAGGAACUGUGACCACCGGCUCGUUCAAUUCGGCUAGCUCCUCCAUUCAGAACAAAUCGGAACCCGUACCGGGUCCUUCGAACAGUCAGCAGCACAGGCAGCAGCAGCAGCAGCAGCAGCCGACACAGAUGACAAAUCCGGCAAACCCAACAGGCCCGCCACAUAAUACCACAGCGGCCGCCACUGCUCCCGUUGGGCUAAACCAAACCAAUGCUCGUCCCGGAUCGAUGGUACGCGUGCCGGAGCUCUCGCAGGGUGCACCACCCGGCCCAUCGAGCAGCAGCGGCGGCGGCGGCGGCGGUGGUAUUGUCGUUGUUGGCAGCGGAAGUGGAACCGGUGGAAGCGUCGGAGUCAACGGGGCAGCAUCGUCUGGGGCUGGAGGUGGCAGCGGUGGUAGCACCUCAUCCCGGCACGCGGGCCACUCGCGCAACUCGUCGUGGGAUUUGCGCGUCUCGUACAGUGGCAAUGGCCAGCGUGGCAACUCCCAGUGGAUGCCAGGCCAUUCCCGCACAGCCUCCCUCGACAUGAUGCGCCACUCGCGCAACUCGUCCGUCGAUCUGAACAAGUACAUACGCAACGAGGUGGGGCUGCUGUUCGGACCGGGCACAACCGGCACCGGGUGGGCCGAUCCGAUGCGGGUGCAGAUCAUUAAGGCGCACCACAACUGGAUCUCGGUCGCGUACGCCCAUUUCGUGACGUGCUACCGGUUGAAGGAUUAUUCCGGCUGGCAGCAGAUCUUCAUCUCACCGUACAUCGAAACGACGAUCGAGCGGAUCGCGAUCAAUGCGAAGAUGAAUUUGGCCACGUCCGCGGGCGAACAGUCACACAGUAAGAUGGUAGCAAUCUCGUACGGCAGCCAGAUCCGGCUGUGGGGAAUCUCGGAGGAUGGCAGCAAGGCCGAGGUCGGCACGUUCAAUUUGCACGUGCGCGUCGAGUAUCUGUUCUUCAUCGGCAGCCAGCUGGUGGCGCUUUCUUCGUCGGGCAAGAUUGGCGUUUGGCACGCGAUGACCCAGCACUGGCAGAUACAGGACCUUGUCCCGAUACUGUCCUUCGAUACGGCCGGUUCGUUCCUGCUGUUGGGGUGUAACAAUGGCUCGAUCUACUACAUCGAUAUGCAGAAAUUUCCACUGCGCAUGAAGGACAACGAUUUGCUGGUGACGGAACUGUACAAAGAUCCUUCGAACGAUCACAUCACCGCCAUUUCGGUGUACCUAACGCCGAAAACGACAACCGCGGAUCGUGUGAAGGAAGGCCUGUCGGGAAACUGGAUCGAAAUCGCGUACGGCACCCGGUCCGGAUCGGUUCGCGUCAUUGUGCAGCACCCGGAAACGGUCGGGCAUGGGCCGCAGCUGUUCCAAACGUUCACCGUGCACCAGAGCCCCGUGACGAAGGUGACGCUGUCGGAGAAAUUUUUAAUUUCGGUAUGCAGCGAGUAUAAUCACGUGCGCACGUGGCAGGUGCCCCGGUUUCGUGGUAUGAUCUCCACCCAGCCCGGUUCGACGCCGGAAGCAUCCUUUAAGAUCGUUUCGCUCGAAGCGGUCGACUCGACGUUCAGCUACUCGGCCGGGAACGAUUUCGGCCCGUUCGGCGAGCAGGACGAUGAGCAGAUAUUCGUGCAGAAGGUCGUGCCGGAUACGGACCAGCUGUACGUGCGGCUCGCUUCCAACGGGGAGCGCAUCUGCUUGAUACGUUCCGUCGACGGUACCACGAUCACCUCGUUCUGUGUGCACGAGUGCGAAGGUUCGCGCAUGGGAUCGAGACCGCGUCGCUUCAUCCUGUCCGGCCACUGCAACGGUGCGAUACAGAUGUGGGAUCUGACGACGGCGCUCGAGAUCGCGAAAAGGAAGGAUCAACCGAAACGGUCCGCCGGCGGUCCGACGGCCGACGAGCUGAUCCGGGAGCUGGACCAGUGUGAUCUUAGCAAUAGCCACUGCUCGACACCGUGCAUGUCACCGUGCCCGUCCGCCUUUUCGGGCAGCAUUAUUGAGCCGAGCACUGUCGGGCGCUUGAAACCGUUCAAUGUGGCAUUUCUGAAUCAAUCGGCUGCCGCGAUGGGACUCGGUGGUGGUGGUGGUGGUGGUGGUGGUCCCCAGCCAGUGCCCCCGCCCGGUUCUGCUGCACUCGGGGCUGUGGCCGCUCCGAUGCAGCCUCCGCUGGCGGCGGCCGCACACCAACACCAACCUCACCAACCAAACUGAUCUCUACUCCGCCGGCCGAGGGACAUCUGAGAGUGGUUCCUGUGCUGUUAUCUCGAGGUGGAAUUUUAGCCCCGUUGUAGCCUCCGCGUGGAAAACUCGGCAUUCUUCAAUUCAUAGGGCUACAAUCGUAUGUGUUUCUCAGAUAUACGCAACUUUCUCUCUCCCUCUCUCUCUCUCUCUCUCUCUGAUCAUGUUUCGAAAGGGCCUGGACUGGAAACAUUUAUUUUUCUCAAACCGUUGUUUUGCUGCCGUCUUGUUUAUUGUGCUGUUCCGGAAUGUGUGUAAAUUAAUUUACGAAAAAAAAGAACAUCUUUACUGUAAUAGGAAAAACAGCAAACAAAACAUCUAACGAGCAUAUAUGGGAAUAAUAUAUUUUUGUACAAUAAAUUUUAUCCUGCAAUAUAUAUAGCAAGCAUCCUA